UAACGUCAUUUCUGCAAUCAAAACAGAGCAACAGCAAAGUGACAACCAAAAUAACAUUUUCCCACUUCACGGCAAAACUAUACUGAAGUCAAUUUAUUAUGGAAAUCGGCGACAACGAUAUGCCUCCAGACCUGGCCAGGCAACUAUUUGAACAAGGUGCAUUUUUGAUAAUAGCUGGCGUUCCGGUGAAAACAGAAUUCGGCAUCGAUCUGAGUUCAUAUUCCGUUGGUGAAAAAUUUCGCGGAGUUAAAAUGAUUCCACCGGGCCCACAUUUUGUCUACACUGCUGCUCAAGGACCGUACGGAGACACUUCAUCGCGCAUCGGAUUUAUUCAUUACUUCAAAUCUCAAGAAAUCGUUAUCCGCGAAUGGGAUAAUGAGAAAGAGGAGCUACGGUUACGAACCAAAGGUAACAGAGACGAAGAAGUGGCUGGCAUUCGGAACAAUUUGAGGGAGCUGGACAGUUUUUUGGCGCCAUACGAUUUUUCCUCCUCAGCGAAGUGGAAUAAUUUGACGAACCAUCUAACUGAGAUGACAAUCAAUCGGUGUCAACCAGAAUGUGGACUUAUUCGGCCAUCGGUGGAGUUCGAAUCGUGUUCAAAUGAUGACCGGCCGAAAGGUAAUACCAUGACAGGACAGCGAAUCAACAAGCUAACCAGUGAUGAAGAAGAGCUACUACCAAAAUUAAAAAUGGUCCCUGAAACCGCGCCGAGAUUCACUAAACUUCCCGAAUUGUAUCCGAAAGAUUUGACACCACACGAAAUCUCAUUGGCUCAUAUGGAUUCGAUUCUGGCUGUCGAUCAGUUGUUCAGCCGGUUCCAGAACCCCAACAAUUUACUCGAUGAAAUCCAAUUUUCGUUUGCUUUGUUCCUCGCCGGCUAUUCGACGGAUUCUCUAGCCCAUUGGCGAAGGAUUUUGGGAAUCCUAUCAAAUUCUGAAGCUGGAGUCGAGAAGAACACAAAUUUUUAUCAAAACUAUUUGUCGGUGCUACAGUACCAAUUGCCAGAACUACCAGAGGAGUUGAUGGAACCGACGUCGCGCAACACUGUGUACAAAGAUAUUGGAAUUUUGUUGAAAAAUUGUGCACAGUGUGAACUGGGCAAAGAAGCGGAUUAUUUGAUGGCGAACUUAAGACAGGAAAUGGGAUGGACUUUCGACGAUUUGCUGGAUGAAGAUCCGGAAGACCUUCCGGUUGUUGUAGAGAUGUGAAUGAAAUGAGUUCGGAAUAAAAUAUUUUUUACUG